AUGUGGUGUGCCGCGCCAAGGCAGGAGAGUCCAACAACGAGCCUGGUAAAGGGGACUGGAAUCGGCUGUAUGACCUUAGGGAGUGCUGUAGCUACAGAAGGCAUGAUAUUUUUAAUUGAGGCGAUUGAAGUGUGUAGUAACAGGAAAGGAGGGAUCAUCGGGAAAUUUUUCUGUUCCUGCGCAGCGCAGGAAGUGGAGGAAGGAACGAGAAAGGUGGAGAAGAGACACAAUUUAUAUCAAGUAUGGGCAGGUAGUUUUUUCAAGGGAUGCUGUCAACAACCCCUGAGCACAAACAUCACUAUUUCCAACACUGGGCUGAGAGGGAACAGAAACAAUUCCUGA